GGGUGACUCCAGUGCCAUAGGAAAGCGUCAGGCUGGUACCGCCUCCAACUACUCUUCGAGUGCCUGUCACCGUUCCACCCAGGGGCUCGUCUGCAGAUCGAGCGGCGUGUUACACGAACAAAUCGAGGCAAACAUCCUCGAGAAGAAAAAUAAAACUAGUCGGUUGCCUGUUGAAUCUCGUCAUCUGACUCAAAAUGGCGAGCUGCAAAGCGAGUUUCGUGUCGAUCCUGAACAACGACGACAACCCGUCGUUCACAGUUCGGUCUGCUCCCCGGGUAUCGCGACACCCGACCACCUCACCCUAUCAGUACCACUAUGAGGCCCAGCAGCUGGCCCCGGCGCCAGAGUUCCGCUACCACCACGCAUAUGUGAACUCCCCAUUGAUCUCGCCCGGCAUCAUGCGGCACCCGUUCGACGCCGUGCCCGAACCCCCUCAGCCCACCUCCCCCGGCUCCUCGGACUGCUCCUACGACUACAUGAGCAGCGCCAGCGUCCGCUCCCACUACCACCUUAGCCGCCCCGACUCGGGGGCUUACCGGCCCCUGUCUGAGAAGCGCAUCAGCGGGAGCUCCGUGAUUGACCCCCCGUCGCCGCAGCCCUCGAUCGGCAGCACGAAGGACUCGAUGGCCGCCAAGUCCGGGGUGCGCAAGAACAAGUACCCCUGCCCCUUUGCGGCCAGCCACGGCUGCUCCGCCACCUUCACGACCUCCGGGCACGCCGCCCGCCACGGCAAGAAGCACACGGGCGAGAAGAGCGUGCACUGCCCCAUCUGCAACAAGGCCUUCACCCGGAAGGACAACAUGAAGCAGCACAUCCGCACGCAUCGCACUCACUCGGAGGACAUGCCCGCCGGCAUGACGACGGACCGGGACAGUGACGGCAGCAGCAGCUGGUCGACCCGCCGGAGCAACACCUCAGUGUACAACCACCAGCGCUCCAUCAGCCAAACCCAGAUGGAGAGUUCCCUGGCUUCAAGUGGCAGCCACCGGUCCUAUGAGACGAUAUCCUCACGAGUAUGAGCACGAGCCAGAAGAUGGGGGGGCAGUGUUCCCUGCUUUACUUUCUUCUUUUCUUU